GCGUCCAGCGCGACCGGGUCAAAGUGGAGCUGUCAUCGGGCUCCGUGCUCGUGGACGCCGAGAUCCCGCUGCCCAGCGGCGUGAGCGCCUCGGGGGCGCGCGGAGACCUGCAGGCCGGGUCCAGGGCGAUGGAGUCAAACCUCGCCGGCAGGAUCGAGGGCCUCCCCGGGAUCCGCGCGGCGCAGAACGGCCAGAUCUCCGUGUCCUGCCUGCGGGCGCACCCAGCGAAGCAGGCGCUCGAGGACAGCCACCCGUUCAUGAACAGCCCCGCGAGCGCAUUCCUGCCCCGCUGCUGGACGCUGUCCCGCCGAGCACAGAGGGGAAGGCGGACGGCGGCGGCGGCGGCGCGGUCCACGGCCAGCCCUUCCUGCUGCCGCUCGCGCCGGAGUCGGACGGCGGCGGCGGCGGCACGGUCAACAGCCAGCCUUUCCUGGUGCCGCUCGCGCCGGAGUACCCCGAGCGCGCCACCAGCUGGACCCCGCCCAGACGCCGGCCCUCGCCUGGGUCGCGCGGCUUGAGCCCGGACAGCAGCAACCGGGGCAACAAGAUCCCCUUGACGUACCGCGGCGGCAACAUCACCGUCAAAGCGUAGACGCCGCUGCGGCCUCCCGCAACGCGCGGAGCCAGUACUGGCCGCCCAAUGGUGCCAUCAUCAGUGCUCCUCCUCCUC